AUGGCUAGAUAUAUCUAUUCCGGAGUUCUCAAUCUAACCGGAGUUUCUAACUUUGAUAUUCUUGACCUCCUGGUUGCAUCAGAUGAAUUACUUCUGAGUGAAUUAACCGAACAUGUUCAAAAUCACCUUAUUGAGCACACGGAUUCCUGGCUCGAACAAAAUUUUAUUAAGGUCUUACAUACUAUUUUUCGGCUUGUCAGCUGCAAAGAACUUAAAGAUCACUGCCUAAAAUCCAUUUGCGAUAAUCCAAAGCCUUUCUUUGACUCCGAAGAUUUUCUUUCUCUUGAUAAGGACAUUUUCCUGGAAUUAAUCAAAUGCGAUGAGCUAAUAAUAGAAGAAGCAGAUAUCUGGGAACAUCUUAUUAAAUGGGGAAUCUACCAAACCCCAGAGAUCGAAGGGAUGAAAUCUUCAGAUGUGAAGAAUUUUUCGGAUAAAAACUUUAAGGAUCUAAAGAAAACGAUGAAUCCUUUUAUUCUGUAUGUUAGAUUUUACGAAAUCUCUUCGAAGGACUUCUUUAAUAAAGUUCGCCCGUUUCAAAAAGUUCUGCCGGAAUCAAUCUUUGAAGAUACCAUGUCCUUUUUAAUGGCAAAAACAGAACCGAAACAAGAAAUACUUCCUGCACGCACGAGUGCUAUUAUUAAAGACUCUAAAAUUUUAUCAAGAAGACACGCGAAUAUCAUUUCCAAUUGGAUUGAAAAAAGAGAUGCUUUUGAGACUAUGAAUAAGGAAAAACAACAUCACUUUGCUCUCCUUUACCGCGGAACUCGUGACGGAUUUGAUGAUGACUCAUUUCGCCAAAAAGUUAACGGUCAAGGGCAAGCGAUUGUAGUUAUUAAAGUAAAGGAUUCUGGAAAUAUAAUUGGUGGAUUUAAUGCGAACGGGUGGAAUGGGGAUGUUUCUAACCUGUGUAAUUGUAACUAUGAUUAUAAUCUUACCAUGCAGCACGAGUAUUAUGAUGAAUAUAGUGAAUGGAAUGACUCUGGCUUUUAUCGGUCUCAUGAGUAUGAUUGUAACUCUUGGAGCAAUAAUAGCGAUCAUUUCGUAUUUUACUUGGGCGGUCAAAAUAAUUUUGGAACCAUUAGAAUCGGUCGAUCUGACGGUUCUUGCGGUGUAUGUGACCAGGAAGAUGUUAUGAUACGAUUUGGAAAUGGUGAUUUAAUACUUAACAGUGAUCAAAAUGGAACAUGCGAUAAAUAUUCUUACGAUCAACAUAUUUUGGAUACAAAUAGCUUUAUUGCUGAGGAAUUGGAGGUAUUUAGUGUGGCAAAGAAUAAAAACCAAUAG